UUUACCGGAUUGAAAAUAGUGCGCAGAUAGUUAAAUAAAUAAUAUUCAAUUCAAUCAUUAUUAUAUUUCUUCUAUUAUGAUCAAAAAAAAAUUGUUUUUAAUUUUUAAAUUGUAGAAUGUUGAAGUUCCAAAUUGUUCCAAAUGAAAAUGGAAAAUCACACAUUGUAUGGCUGUGUGUGUGUGUGUCAUCUAAAAGAGAUCAUUGUUUUUUCUAUAUCUAAAUUAAAUUAACUAUUUUUUAUAUAGAUAAAUAAAAUAGAAUAAAAUAAAAAAUAUAAUUUAUUGAUAAUCAUUAUUAUUAGUAGUUUAUAUUGUGAAUAAUUUUUAGUUGACAUAGUUGCGUGACACGUGCUACAUGCACGUUUUCAUUUUAUAAUAAUAAUAUAUUUAGCUACCUAUUAGCUAAACACGUAAAUAUAAAAAAUUAGAAAAAAAAAAAAAAACAUGUUUCUAACGAGGGGAUUAAAUGCAUUGAGGUUAGGUAUGAGAUUAGGCUAUUGCACAAUGUUGCACAAGGGUCCUCGUCCUUUGGUAUUAUGUGGACCAUCUGGUUCUGGAAAAAGCACAUUGAUCAAGAAAAUGUUUGAUGAAUUUCCUGAUGAAUUUGGAUUUUCAAUAUCCCACACAACAAGACAACCAAGACCUGGUGAAAUUGAUGGCAAACAUUAUUAUUUCACAACCAAAGAAAAAAUGAAGGAUCAAAUUGAUAGAGGAGAAUUUAUUGAAAGUGCUGUAUUUAGUAACAACAUGUAUGGAACAAGCAAAAAAGCAGUUGAAGAUGUUACAAAUUUAGGAAAAAUUUGUGUUCUUGACAUUGACAUGCAGGGUGUUAAAAAAAUAAAAAAUACAAAUUUAGAUCCACUUUUUGUAUUUAUAAAACCACCAUCAAUUGAAGAACUAGAAAGACGAUUAAUUGCAAGAAAAACAGAGACUGAAGAAUCAUUAAAACACAGAUUGUCAAUUGCUGUUGAAGAAAUGAAAUAUGGUGAAACACCAGGUAAUUUUCACAUGGUCAUCGUCAAUGACAAUUUUACUGAAGCAUACAAUGAUCUUAAAGAAUUUGUUCUCGAAGAAUUAAAAAGAUUCAAGAAUGGUAUGUAA